AGCCAGAACACAGAGACACAGAGCGAGAGAGAGACCCUAACCACAGGAACUCAGGCUGUCCACGGGCAUCCACACAGCAACCUCACCAGGACCCCGGAGAGAGUAGCGGAUUGACCAGGGUAGAGACCAGCUAACAAACCACCAAAAAAGCUCAGCAUAGAAACCAUGAUCUGAUAGAAGAGCUGAAAAACCUUCACACUUACCACCAAACAGAGGAGCCAACCGAUGAGUGGACUGACCGACGAAUAGACCACCUCAACCCAUCACCUCUGUCUCUGCUGGAAUACUUACCUAACCCUAACGCAAGGACAGACCGGGACACAGAGAGAGAGAGGACGCUUUGGACGCCUGAAACAAGAGGAUGUACCGGCAGUUUGUUCUGUCAAUCCUGCUCGCAGGCAUCCUGUGCGCGGUGGGCGGCGACACCCGCAAGACCCGCCUCCAGGGCUCCAUCCCCAACCCUUUCAAGGGGAAGGGCAACACCUCAGACAAACGCACCCGUAAACAGGAAAUACUUGCCUCCAGCCAGGAAGCUCUCGUCGUCACAGAGAGGAAGUACCUGAAGAGUGACUGGUGCAAGACCCAGCCUCUGCGUCAGACCGUGAGCGAGGAGGGCUGCCUCAGUCGUACCGUCAUCAACAGGUUCUGCUACGGCCAGUGUAACUCCUUCUAUAUCCCACGACACGUUAAGACGGAGCAGGAUUCUUUCCGGUCCUGUGCUUUCUGUCGGCCGCAGCGGUUCACCACGCUGACCGUAGAGCUGGACUGUCCCGAACUCCAGCCGCCCUUCAGGCACCGCAAGAUCCAGAGAGUCAAACAGUGUCGCUGUAUAUCGGUCUCCGUCAGCGACUCUGGGAAGCAGUGAUUCUCGUCUCCCUCCUGCUUCUCUCUCUCUCUUUUUUUUAUUAUCUUGGACAAUCCCUAGAUACUAUCCAGAUGUUCAUCUCACCACACAGGAAACAGUUUGUACAAGACUUGAGUACAUAGAACAUGCCUUUUACUGACGGGCACAUAGAAUGAAUACAUAAAACCGGAAGGGGCCUACUCUUCUUUAGAAGUACUGAGCAUGACAGACAUUUCUAUGGAGCAGCUCUGCGUUGAUCAUACCAAGCACUCUUUUUUUAAUUUUACCUUUAUUUAACUAGGCAGUUAUGAACAAAUUCUUAUUUUCAAAUGACGGCCUAGGAACUUGGGGCAGAACGACAGAUUUUUACCUUGGUCGGCACGGGGAUUUGAUCUUGCAACCUUUUGGUUACUAGUCCCAACGCUCUAACCACUAGGCUACGCUGCCGUCCCCCCCUCUACAUGAGACAAACUGACAUUUCUACAACCCAGGCCGAAUUAACCCAUGACUAUAUACACUCUGCAGUGUAUAUGGUCACAGUUCCAGACUGCUUAAGAAGGUGCUUCUCCCAUAGACGACAAUGCGAUAGCAGCUGGGCCUGGUCUACUUAGUUCAUUGACUGUAUAUGAACCAGAGGGGGGGGGAAAAAGCAGAGUGAGACAUCUCGCUUCCUCUACCAUCUCUGCAGAAACAGACUUACCUGGACCACAGGUCUCCUCCUCAGCCUGUCGGUGAGCGGGGUCGUAUUCAAAUGGUAGAAAACUGACUGAAACAAAAAGGGACUUGUCCAAUACAAAAUGCUAAAUGUUCAACUACAAAACGUGUUGCUAAUGUGCACCCUAGUGAAUAUGACCAUAUUCCACAGAGGGACUCUGGGAGAUAAGUUGUUGGAGAGACUGACUGGGUUUGUAGUAGACCUACUGCAGCACCAGCCUACCUGGGGUUCCACAGAGGGUAGAAGGUUGUUGAAUAGAGACUGACUGGGUUAGUAGUAGACCUACUGCAGCACCAGACUACUAGGGGUUCCACAGAGGGUAGGAGGUUGUUGACUAGAGACUGACUGGGUUAGUAGUAGACCUACUGCAGCACCAGACUACCUGGGGGUUCCACAGGCAAUAUAUCAUUCUGUACAAAUAAAUAUCACAUUAUUAGAUUUAGAGAGAUUAUAUCGCUGGCCUUCAAAAAAGAGAAAGAUUACAAAUCAACCUGCAAACCACAACAAAACUCAGAAUUUAUUCCUUUUAUUGUAGAUAAAUGACAUUGCUGCUCCCAGAAACAAGCAGAGAUCCAGUAAGAUACUAACACAUUUUACAAUAAUAAACCUUAUCCAACAACUCCAGGAUGAUGAUUUAACAUGCCGGGGGACAGAAAAUAAAAUCUUUACAAAAAUAUGUUACAUAAAGAAUACAAUGCUACUUUACAUUGAUAAAAGCAUUUUUAAAUAUAUUAUUUUAGUAACCAAGUCAAUUAUUUGAAUGCACUUUUCAAUGUAAACGAACAUUCCUUUAGGACUGUUCACCAUCUUACAUUAACAAAAUGUUUAUCAAACCAACACACUACAUUUCCCAUAACCCUCUCUGUCCUCACAUACAUUAGAAAUGUCUUCUUACCGACUCACAUGGCAUCACUUCAGAUAAAUGAAAACAGGGAAUAAGUUAUACAUUUACAGUUUUACACC